UGAUUCAAAGAAGAACUUCAGAAGCCAUAUCUAUAUUAAGUUUUAAAAACUUAAUACAGUAUUUUCAACACUGAGCACUCAAUAUGAAUUGAGAAAUCAAAAGAACAUGGAGGAAGCAUUUGAUGUACCUCCAAUGGAUCUCAAGGCUUCUGCCGAACAGGAGGUUCGAAAGCUUCAGGACAUGGUGAAAAGAUUGGAAAAACAGAAUGAACUACUUCGAAAUAGCUCCAGUCAAAACGGGACAGCCAUAAUCACAUUACCAAAGAGAGACAGCGUAGAAUUAGAGGAAGUUGCACUUAUAAAUUUGAAUGAUUCCUCCGAUGACUUGGAGGACAGCUGGUUGUAUGAAUCACCUGUAAGACCAGCAACUCCCGCACAAAAGUCAAUCCCUUCCUUGAAGUGGACUAAAACAUCAAGUGUUAGUGGAUUAGAUGAUGUCAGAGGCAACUUAAUUGAUAAACUGGAUGACAUUGAGACACAACAAGAAAUAUCCAAGGUUAGAGUUACACAGAGUCAACAUGAUAGAGUUAUGUCAACAAAUGCACCAAAGAAUUCAUUAUUUUUCCAACCAACUGCUAAGACUCCAAAAAAAAUAACAGCUGAUGACUAUAUGCAUGAUAAUAGUCAACUUGAUAGCAGUGCAUAUGGUAGUAUGGAUGAAAUGGAUGAUAUUCCAACAGGUCCUAUUUUACGACGUUCAGCACUUGGUAAUAAGGACAAUUCUAGUACUAAUCCUCAAGACAACACAAGUAUGUCCCUGUCAGAGGAUUUAGAUGAUGAACCACAAGGUCCAAUAUUACGACGUUCUGGACUUGGUAGUGCAGCCAAACCAACUCCAAAUUUAUCCCAGUCAGAAAAUAUUGACGAUGAGCCGAAAGGCCCAAUCUUGCGAAGAUCAGCUCUUAGUAAAAACAGCCCGCCUAAAAGUGAACCAUCAAAUAUCUCUCAGUCUGACGAUAUGAAUGAUGAAACGCAAGGUGAAUGGUGAU